CCCCCGCCACCAUCAUGGCCCCCGUGAUGUCCGCGAUCGACCCCUCGAUGUGGUACCGUCCUGAGUACGGCGCUCGCCUCAAACCUGCCAUCCAGUUCGUCUUCAACCACUGGGGCGAGAUCGCCGACGAAGCACUCCCCUCCCAUCUCCACCGCAUCCGCGACCUUGCCUGGCCCCUCGGCGGCUACCCGUGCGUGGGAAUGUGGAUGUUCCUCCUCCCAGGCCUGGCAGGCUUCCGCGACUUCCCCCGCAUUCUCGAGCACGCGCGCCAGGCCACCAUCACUACCACCAGCGGCAGCAGUGACAGCAGCACCAACACAACCUCCACUUCCGACUCCGACUCGGACCCAGUCAUCCUCGACCUCGGCUGCGGCCUCGGCCAGAAUCUUCGCCUCCUCGCCGCGCACGGGAUCCCCACGAACCGCAUGGUCGCGCUGGACCUGGAACCCCGCCUCUGGGAACUCGGCUACGAGCUCUUCAAGGACCGCACGCGCAUGCAGGCGCAGUUCAUCCCGGGCGACUUCCACAGCAUGCCCGACGAACAGCUGGCCGCGGUGCAGGGGACAGUGGAGUUGGUCAUUGCGGCGCAGUUCCUGCAUCUGUUCAGCCGGGAGGGCCAGCAGGCGGCGUGCAAGCGGAUCGUGGCGCUCUCGCGGGUGGGGACGAUGCUGGUGGGGUUCCAGCAGGGCCGCGCGCGCCCGAUCGAGUAUCUUCGGCCGUGGGGGGUGACCUUCUACCAGAAUCGCGAGUCCUUUACCGGAAUGUGGGAGGCGGUGCAGGAGGAGACACAGACGGUGUGGGAGGGGGAGGUGCGGGAGGUGGAUUUGUUUGAGUGGGGGAUGGAGGAGGAGGAUGUCGCGUGGAUGACGGAGGAUCGGAUAGGGAUUGAGUUUAUGUUGACUAGGGUGGUGUAG